CUGCCGGACUUUAUAAUAAUCCCAAAUCAAGGAAGUUGCUAGUUCGUAUUUUAUGGCUUCUGACACUGGACGAUAGCCAAGGAAAUAUUUCGCGAGUGUUUGAAACUUAUAAUAAUAAGAGCGAAGUUCCUACUUGGUAUUGGAUAACUUUUAUCCCACAGCUCAUUGUCUGUCUGAUGCAUAAAGAAGCAAGACAUGCACGUACUAUUCUCAUGAAGAUUGCCAAACAAUAUCCACAGGCUUUACACUUCCAAUUGAGAACAGCCAAAGAAGAAUACAAACUUAUCAAAAAACAGGCAGCUCUUGCUGCCGCACAAGCUCGCGCUGGUCAAAUGGCAGCAUCUAAAGUGAAUGCACCGGGAACGCCAACUUCCAUGACGCAAAUGCCUUCUACCACUUCCGGAAAUGAGGGAAUGGCAUUGCCAUCUACACCACAAAUAAAUCCUGGUGUUAUGAAUGGAGGUGGACAUUCUCGAUCGGUCCAAGCAAGUCCGGAACAAUCAAGUCCUAUUCAAACGAGUCCUGGUCAGAUAACCUCUCAAGUAAUAAACAAUCCGAUGCCCCAAAGUCCAGCCAUGCAGAUUGGAAACAGUUCUAUGAAUGGCAUGGCUGCAUCACCACCAAACAUUUCAUCACAGACAACAAAUGUAGUUUCUAAUGGAGCUUCUCCCGGCGUUCCCGGCACACCUCUGAAUAGUCAUGCCUCGAUUCCGGGUACACCUUCAAAUAAUCAUGUAUUACCGACUACCCCAACUAAUGGCACACAAAACCAGGGAACAAGUAAUCCAACAAAUGGCACCCAAAAUCACAUUCCUUCAACGCCAACAAACGGAACAACGUCGAACAAUUUGCCUCAAACUCCGACAGGCAACAACAUGUCUGCGACUCCAACAAACGCUAAUAUUCAAGUUCACGUUCCAUCAACACCAACGACCGGAGGGAUUCAGAAUCACAUAACUGGAGCGUCAGUGAGCAACGUCGAACCUGGAAGAUCUCCAGUAAUAAAUGGUCCUAUUAAUAUGCAAAACUAUCCUUCAACGCCGCAACCUCAACAACCAAUAUCUAAGCAACCAUGGGAACAUGUUGAAGAUAUUAUGUCUAUCUUGAGGACAACUUUCCCACUGCUUGCACUUUCAAUGGAAACAAUGGUAGACCAAAUUCAACAACGUCUCAAACCAUCUUCAGACGAGGAUGUUUACCGGUUAAUUGUUGCCCUUCUAAACGAUGGCGUCCAGCAAAUAAUUUCUCGGCUUAUGAAUCAUCAUGAUGACGGUUUACUCAUGCCAAUAACUGAAGCGAAUAUCCGAAGAUUUGCUGAAAAUUUGUAUCCCGGCGCUAUCAGGACGGCCUUUGAAGAAGACUUUUUAAUUAAAAGGCCGAACUUGAUACAAUAUGUCGAUACCCUUCGAAAAUGGAGAGAUCGUUUUGAAAUUGUAUUGGACAGCAAACCUCGGACUCAAAAUCUGGAAUACUUUAGUCCAUAUUUAGUAGAGUUUCAACAUCAAAAAUUUGAGGAAAUUGAAGUCCCCGGACAGUAUUUAUUGCAUAAACAUCACAGCAACGAAGAAUUUGUCCGUAUAGAUCGAUUUAUGCCCGAAAUCGAGGUCAUUCGUUCUCAUAGUCUCUGCUAUCGAAGAAUUACUAUUCGUGGACACGAUGGUAGCCUGCAUCCAUUUGCUAUUCAACAUCCGUGUGCAAGACACAGUCGUCGUGAAGAAAGAAUCAUACAACUUUUCAGAAUAUUAAAUAGUGUAUUGGAACGUCGUAAGGAAAGUCGCAAAAGGAAUCUCUUCUUCCAUCUCCCGUUGAUAAUUCCAUUAGCGCCUCAAAUUAGAAUUAUUCAAGAUGACCCAUCGUAUUGUUCGUUACAAGAUAUCUAUGAAGACCACUGUGACACCACCGGAAGAUCAAAGGAUGAUGCGAUUAUUUAUUAUACAGAUAGUAUGAGAAAGAACAUGCAUAACGUUAGAGACAAGAAGGGUAUAAUAAACUUAAGAGCCGAUGUCGCAGAUCAGAUUUCGACGAAAUAUAUUCCAAACGAUACGGUGACGAAGUAUAUGACCAAGACUAUGAAGUCACACGAAGAUCUCUGGACUAUUAGAAAACAAUUUACCUCUCAGAUGGCAGCAAUAUCUUUUAUGACGUAUGUUAUGAGUAUCGGGCAAAGGUACCCGCAUAGAUUUAUGAUCUCACGAAACACAGGCAACAUCUGGACAACCGAAUUGCUUCCAAACUUUACUCAGCAAUACCCAAUGUUACACAACCCCGAAGCUGUGCCAUUCAGAUUUACUCGUAGUCUUCAACACUUUAUGACUAAAAUUGGCAUAGAAGGAGUAUUUAGCUCAGCCCUAAUGGCUAUUGGCCGCUGUCUCACAGAGCCCGAGUUUGAUCUUGGUCAAUAUCUUGAGGUUUUUAUUCGAGAUGAACUAAUCACCUGGCAUUAUAUGAGUCAAAAAGCAGUUAAUGAGCAACAACUUAGGAUGAAAGUGGCAGCAAAUGUGGAUCAAGUAGUUAACAGAGCACGGGAUCUCAGUUGUCUUGAUGCGGAUCACGAAAAGGCACUUAACAAUCCCAGACCAGUGAACAACUCUAUACCUGAUUUUAUAUCUUCUGCGAGCAACCCUCAAAAUUUAGCAGCCAUGGAAGUAAUCUGGAUGCAAUGGCUAUAG